AUGCCUAGCAGUGCCCCAUUCGAGGCGAGGCAUCUUACGCCUGGUCUCUGGAUUGAUGUCACCAGCCAGGGUGCUGCCGAGUUGGCGAGUGAAAAAAACGCCCAAGUUGUCGGAAGGUACAUUGGCUGCAAAGUAGAGCCCAAGAAGGAGACUGAUGGAACAUCAAGUCUCCGUGUGAUUCUGAAAGGCCCUCCCAAUUUCGAUGAGCGUGCGGCUGCGAAGGGAGACCUCUGUGCUGCCGCGAGGCACUUGGGCUACGUCGGUGUGAAUCACGAAGCAUCAAUUCAAGUCGCGAGCCAGCUGUCAGAAUAUCAUACUCUGGACCUGGAAGAGUUCGUGGUUUUCUUGGAACAGUAUACCAUGCAAGAGCAGGCGGAGAUAGAAAGAAUAUUCGCCAACUAUGCUGGCAAGUUCUCACAGAAGGUUCCUCUGCGGGCUGUACCUGCAAUUGCCCACGACCUUGGUCUUACGUCCUUGCAGGCAGCUAUUUCCGAGUCCUUGGACGCAGCUCAACUGUCCUCUCACAAGGCGCUGUCAGUGAACCAGCUGCGGGCAUUCUUGGCGGCCCACCUAUCCGCGGAAGGUUACACCAAGGAGGAGCGCGACCGUGCGCGUCAGGCCUUUGACCAGGUGCGUGAAGGAAAGUCCGAUCUCCCGCCGCGCAGUGUGGGCGAUGCUAUGGCUCUUUUUCGAGGGGCAGAUGCUCGCCAAGAGUGGGACGACAUAUGGCACAGGUUGGGGAAGCGCUCCAGCCCGAAGACCAACAUGAGCCUGCCUCAUACGACGCUCAUACCCAACGUCAACUUACGCAACAUCAUCCAGUCCAUCAGGGUGCGAAUGCCGGCCAUCCAGUCCGAGCAGAUUAAAAGCAUCAAAGAAAUGCAAGACUUGGAGGCGAUCGUUCGGUCACUGAUGGAGGAUCAGGGGAAACUGGCUGUGACGUGCAUUGAUCCUACUCGCUCACCGGAGUCAUCACCAGCCGCAUACUGUUCCUCACCGAAUGCACCGAAGGCACCGAACAUACCCAAGCUGCCGCCACCAGACCGUGCAAGCAUGGAAGAGCCGAUACCUGUUCUGCUGAGCCUCCUGCGGCACGAGUCCAAAGAAGUUAGUGAACGGGCCCUGGGUUUGAUCGAUGGUUUGGUGGCUGCAGACCCCCGACACAGAGAUGCAGUUUGGCAUCACGGCGGCAUUCCACUCAUUGUCAGUUUGCUUAGAGGCGGCUCUUCGGAACAGCUACAACAUGCCAGCACUCUGCUGCGAACCCUCGCAAGUAGCCAAGCAGAAGCGCAGAUGGCUAUUACGUGGGCUGGGGCCAUCCCUUUACUGGUGGAGCACCUGGACCACGACUUCAGCAAGGUGCGUGUGGAGUCUGCCAAAGCUUUGUGGAGUCUGGCGCAAGGCAACAUGGACAACGAGACAUCCAUUGUGGAGCAUGGGGGCAUCAAGCGUCUCGUGGUACUUUUAUCCGGAGGUGCCGCAGAUGCCCGGGACUCUGUCCUACAUCUGCUUCUGAAUUUAGCUUCGCACGACCCACUGCACCAGGACAACAUUACCCGUGCAGGGGCCAUCCCACCUCUGACGGAGCUGCUAAACGAUGGGAACCUGCGGCAGCUGGCAGCAGCGGUUCUGAAGUCCUUGGCACGAGACCAUGAAGACAACCAAUCAGCAAUCGGUGCUACUAGCGGCACCAUUCAGAAGUUGAUUCAGCUCCUUUCGGACGAGUCAGCAGCUAUGCGCGAAUCGGCGGCCGGUGUGCUCCAUGUCCUCGUUGCAGGCGGCCACGCCAAGAACGUGGCAACUGUGUCUCGAAGUGGCGGCAUCCGGCCCUGCAUGGAGCUCCUCAAGGACGAGAAUGCGGGAGCCCGCGAGGAUGCCGCAGGGGUCCUUGCCGCUCUGGCAAAAAAUGCCGACAAUCGCGUUCACAUGGCGGACCUUGGGGCGAUACCAUUGCUCAUUGAGCUUGUGCAAGACCACGUCGGAGCGGCUGCAGCUGCCCGCAAGUAUGCUGCGACUGCUCUGGGCGAGCUGGCAGUCCGCAACUCUAAAAACAAGGAGGUCAUUGGCAAGACAGGCGGCAUUGAGGCGCUGGUGGAGCUACUCAAAGAUGGUGACCACCAAGCGCGAGGGAGAGCAGCAUCUGCGCUGUCGGAACUCUGCCAGCUCAGCGACCACAACAAGCUGUCCAUGGUCGGGGCAGGUGCCAUACCGCUGCUGGUCGAGCUGCUGCGGGAAGACUCGACGAAGAAGCCGGCGAAAGCCGUGCUCGCAAGCCUUGCGGGUGAACUCGAGGCCAACAAGAAAGCGAUUCAAGAAGCGGCUUCGGCCGCGAAGGUGGACGAGUCCCGGUCAGGGCCAUCGGUGGACUUCCACGAGUUUCUCGUUUGGGCCCGGCGCCUCGAAGUGCAGGAGUUGUCACCGCUCCGAGACGGUUUCUACCGAGUUGACAAAGACGCCGACGGCAUGGUGUCUGCAGGAGAGUUCCUUGACAUGAUCCCUUCAGAGCUGUCCUUGGUUUUCAGUGCGAAGCUUUCACAGAUCCUGAAGGAAGGUGGCGUGGCACCAGGGCAGUUGCUGAGCUUCGAUGAUGCCGUCCGGGUUCUGCGGAAUAUACGUAGCACGGGCAAUCAGACCAAGCAGGAGAUCAAAGAGUUCGAGGAGGUUUUCAAGCUGUUCGACUCGGAUAAUUCCGGCAAGAUGGAUGUUACGGAGAUGGUGGACGUGCGCACACCCCAGUACGCACGGUUCGAAAAAUAG